GUAUAUAAAAAUCAUGGUAAAAAAAACACUGAGUGAAUGGCUUGAAGAAGCUAUUUCUAAGGGGCAUAUUAAUUAUCUAGAAUAUAAUAAUUUUACAAAGCCCACAAAGAUUGUUGCUCUUAAAUGCCUUAAGCUUGAAGCCAAUAUAGAGUUAGACGAAAAAAUUGUUAAAGAUUUUGUCAAUGAG